GGAGGAGACGGUACUGCUGGACUCCAGUGAGAUUACACGAGUGAAGCGGGAGACACAGCCGGCUUACCAUGACACUAAGCUCCGGUAACAAGCUUCUGAAUGGAGAGACCUGUCACCGGACGAGCCAAGCGAAAAAAUGUGCCGGUAACGGGUUUGUGAAGAACCACUGCUUGUUCCAGCAGCCGCAGAAGAGAUUUCGCCGUCCGGCGGAGAAGGUGAGGCCGCCUCCUCCGGCACUCAACACACCCGGAAUCACGCUUCAGUGUCCACGUAACAGAUCCGCUAAUUCGGUUUCUCAGAUCCAUCAUGUUUCAUGCACUUCAAGGCUGUACAACAAGCCAUUUGUGGAGUCAUUUGAGGAGACACCUUUGCUCGUGGCCGUCCUCACCUACAUGGGCUAUGGCAUCCUCACCAUUUUUGGAUAUCUGCGAGACUUCCUAAGGGAAUGGAAGUUUGAAAAGUGUCACCUGGCCAGAGAGAGAGAAGAACAGAAGGAUUUUGUUCCACUGUACCAGGACUUUGAAAACUUCUACACCAGGAAUCUGUACAUGCGGAUCAGAGAUAACUGGAACAGGCCCAUAUGCAGUGUCCCAGGGGCAAAGAUGGACCUAGUGGACCGGGUCACACAUGACUACAACUGGACUUUUGAAGACACCGGGAAGAUUGUGAAGGAUGUGAUUAAUAUGGGCUCCUAUAACUACCUUGGCUUUGCGGAGAAUUCCGGCAAAUGUGCUGUUGCUGCUUCAGAGUGCACUAUGAAAUAUGGUGUGGGUGUUAGCAGCACCAGGCAGGAAAUCGGUAAUCUUGACAAGCAUGAGGAGCUGGAGAAGCUGGUGGCCAGGUUUUUAGGGGUGGAGUCAUCCAUGGUGUUUGGAAUGGGCUUUGCUACAAACUCCAUGAAUAUUCCUGCUCUCGUAGGCAAAGGCUGUCUGAUCUUAAGUGAUGAACUCAAUCAUGCCUCUCUGGUUCUGGGAGCUCGUCUCUCUGGCUCCACCAUCCGUGUAUUCAAACACAACAAUAUGCAGAGUCUGGAGAAGCUGCUUCGGGAUGCUAUCGCACACGGUCAGCCCAGAAUCCACCGACCCUGGAAAAAGAUCCUCAUCCUAGUGGAGGGAAUUUACAGUAUGGAGGGCUCAAUUGUACGACUUCCUGAGGUCAUUGCCCUCAAGAAGAAAUACAAAGCCUACCUGUAUCUGGAUGAGGCGCAUAGUAUCGGGGCAAUAGGAGCAAGAGGCAGAGGUGUGGUGGACUAUUUCGGUCUGGAUCCAACUGACGUUGACAUCAUGAUGGGCACAUUCACCAAGAGCUUCGGAGCUGCUGGAGGAUACAUCGGAGGAAAGAAGGAGCUGAUAGAUUACCUGCGCUCACACUCUCACAGUGGAGUUUACGCUACGUCAAUGUCCCCACCCGUCACUCUGCAGAUUAUCACUUCCAUGAAGUGCAUUAUGGGAGAGGAUGGCACAACGUUGGGUCAGGAAAGACUUCGUCAGUUGUCAGAAAACACAACCUACUUUCGCAGGAGACUCCACGAUAUGGGCUUUAUCAUUUAUGGGAACAAUGAAUCCCCUGUUGUACCCUUGAUGCUUUAUAUGCCAGCUAAAAUCGGAGCGUUCGGGAGGGAGAUGUUAAAGAGGAACAUUGGUACAGUGGUGGUUGGGUUUCCCGCCACACCCAUCAUUGAGUCGCGAGCACGUUUAUGUGUCUCUGCCGCCCACACCAGAGAGAUGCUGGACACAGCUUUAAACGCCAUCAGUGAAGUGGGGGAUCUACUUCAGCUGAAAUAUUCACGUAAAAACAGGCUCAGGAGCGAUGAGACCGACUAUUUUUCAUACCUUGAGAGCCACCAGGACUAGCACUUUCCAGCCCUCUUGGUGGACUGACUGCAUCUAACUUCCACCUUGGCUUUCCACCCCAGAGCGACAUGUUCUUCUUGUUCGUCUGUUUUGUUUGUUUAACUUAUUUGUCGUUUUCAUGGUUAUUCAUUUCUGUGGGCUUAUAAUGAUUGUAGCCCACCUAUCGACCAAAUUUCAAGUCUUACCCCUGUGGUCAGAAGCCAAUAUUAAUUUCAAUAUGCAAUAUCAACAGUAAUUGAAACUUCAUAUCUCUGUUUUUAUUCCUGUAUGACACAGAAUAAAAGUUAAAGCAACAGUUCACCUUAAAAUGAAUUUCAUCAUUUAUUCACCCACAUGUCGUUUUAAGAAAAUGCAAUGACUUUCUUUCAUCAAUGGAAAAUGAAAGGAAAUAUUUUGAAGAAUCUUAAGACUUCUCUUUUUCAUACAACAAAAAAGGACAAUGAUUUUUACAGUCAAGCUCCAAAAAGGACCAUAAAGCACCAUAACAGUAGUUCAUAUGACUUGUGUGCUAUAUUCCAAGUCGUCGGAAGCCAUACGUUAGCUUGGUGUGAGGAACAGAACAGCUAAAUAUAAUCACAAAAUAGCUUUUAAAUAUCAUUUUCAAACCGACCCACAAUGGCUUUGCUUUCCUAUAGGGGUUUAGCGUGGCACGAUACAUCAUGGUUCUAAAAUGUGAUGAUGGACAUCGUAGAGAUUGGACUUUUUAUUAUUAUUUUAGCGUCUUUUCUAUCCAAUACACACAAUGUUUUUAGUCCCAAUAAAUAUCUGAUGGAUCAUUCAGCACUUUUAAGAACAGUACUUUUAGCUACAUUUUAAACGAAAGGAACUGUUUUGCAUGUGCCUUUAAAAUAAUACUAAUAAUAAUAAAACUUUCUUAACACAGUUUAAAGAAUUGUGAACUAAACCGAACCGUGAGCUGAGUGUCGCGAACCAAAUUGUGAGAUGAGUGAAUCUUUACACCCCUACUGUCCUUGCACAACCUGGUAUUAUGCCUCUAAAGGCAUCAUUUUUUAAUUGAUCAUUAGUGCAAAUGAGAUUUGAAUCAUCGGAGGGUAAGAUUAUUAGUGAAUAAUGCCUUACAUUUUUACCUGUUCCUCACACAAAGCUAUCUCGUGGAAUUUAACACAAAAUCAUAUUCACUACUUUUAUGAUGCUUUUUUUUUUUUAUAUGAACUGUCAUUGUUUGGAAAAGAGCCGUAUGAACUCGUUAAAAUAUCAACUUUGUUCAUUCCAAGGACGAAAGAAAAUAGUACCAUUUGGAACCACAUGAGGAUGAGUGAAUAAUGGCAGAAUUUUCAUUUAUUAGUGAACUAUUCCUUUUUUGAAGGGGGUGGGGGUUAAGACUAACUUGAUACAUUAGUAUUUUGUUUCAGGCAGUCCAACCUUUUCCACAGUUCAAGACACUGUUGUGUUCUUUUGAGAAUGAGCUUUUAAUGAGAAAUAUACUUUUAUGGAGAAAAUGUAUUAAUGUUCAACUGUAAAUUAGAGCAUUUAUAUUCAUAACAAUAUGUAUAUCUAUCAAAAGAUUGGCAGAGAUAUUUAUUAAUACACAGAUCUAUAGUAUAUUUGCAUUUCAGUUGUCAAAUACUAGCUUUGUGUUGGUCCACAAAUCUUCAUAGCAAAUCUUUUCAAAAUCCCGUUUUCAUUGUAUACAUGUUAACAAUGUCUCCAUGACAUGUAUCUUAAUCUGAUUUGUCUUACUUGAAUUUCUGUUACUCACUGACAAUUCACAUAUCUGACAAUUUAGUCUUAAGUGUAUGACGUCUUAACCAAGAAAUCUUCCACGCUUUUGCAUCAUUUUAAACAGACAUAGUCUGACAUAUUUCACAUUUUAUUCUUUCUGUCUGUUGCUUACAAACUGCACCGUAGAGAUGUUCAUGUUGCCUUUUUAUUGUUAUAUAGCUGCUUUUGACUUUUUAUUUUUAUGUUGAGAGUUAAUGUUAUCUAUUUUUAAGAAUACUUAUCUUGUGUUCCUCACAGAAAUGCUAAAUACGGGUCACUGAUGUGAAAUGAUGUACUCCGUUAAGUCUGUAUGUAUGAUGGUGUGGCUUACGAAUGCCGGAUGUAAAAGAAAAUUUCUGUUUUUUUAUCUUCUUUGUUUUCUGAAGUCUUUGUUCUUAAUCGGACAGGCAGCUCUAUAUAUGUCUCUGAAUGCACGGGACUAUAUGACCUCAGAGCUACUGAUGACUGUUAAGAGAUGCAGAUAUGACGUUGACACAGGCUAGAUGCAUUAGCCUCUACAGACACAACUAAAUCAACUGAGCUGCAUUCGACUGUGAAACCAAAGGGCAUUCCACAAUGUGUUUGUCUCAUACUCAUUUUCAGUUGUUACUUUCAGCAAAUGCACAUGCGCUAUCGCAAUUUUCUUCUGUGUACUUGCAUAAGAAAUUGUGGCAUUCACUGAAUGUGGUUGUUUAAUCAUUUGUUUUAAGAUAAUUAAAUAAUAUAAAAACUGGAAGUGUCAAACAAUACAGUUGUUUUAUUUCAUGUUUAUGAGACAAGUUAAAUGUAUGUCAUAGUAAUUAGAUAAUAAUGGUAUCGUAAGAGCUUUCAGCAGGUUCCAGUUGCUGUUCAUUGCCGUGGUUAAAGUAACCUUUAUAACCUCUUUAGAGCUUUCUUAAAAACCUCACAGCUCCGAUUGCUCUAUUGAGGGAAACUGUCCAUAAAAUUGUGAGAUUAAACAUUUUGCUUGACACUCACAGAUUUAGACUUGUGUACCAGACAAUGAUGGAAUAAAGAAUGUACAGUCUGCUUGUUUAUGCACAACCAACCUGUGACACAUCUGAUGUAAAGCCUUGAAGGAGUUUAUUUUGCUGUAAUAAGCAGAUACUUAUAAAAUAAAUAAUGUAUAUGACAUUGAUUUGGGUUUAAAUUAUUUUAUGUCA